AUCUUCCCGUUCGCGGGCGGCCGAGGAAGUCUGUCCCCGCUGCGCCGCCGUCGCGCUGCUUCUCCUCCCGGGCGGGGCAGCCGAGGAGGGUUCUUCGCGCGGCGGCCGCGGCCGGGAAGCAGCCGGAGGGAGGAGGAAGAGGAAGAUGCUGCAGCCCCGGCGCUGAGCCUGCCGCCGGCCUUCUCAUCUGUCACCAGGAACUGCUGACCUGGUAACAAGACCCUGGGAGGCUACUGAGUGUCUCUCUCUGGCCACACCCAAGCGCAAGAGAAGGGCAUGAGGCAGAGGUAGGCCUGACCAGAAUAAUGUUCAACAUAAACCCUCUGGAGAACCUCAAGGUCUACAUCAGCAGCCGCCCACCACUGGUGGUGUUCAUGAUCAGUGUCAGUGCCAUGGCCAUCGCCUUCCUGACUCUGGGCUAUUUCUUCAAAAUCAAGGAGAUCAAGUCGCCUGAAAUGACAGAGGACUGGAAUACUUUCCUUCUGCGGUUCAACGACCUCGACUUCUGCAUUUCGGAGAAUGAAACGCUAAAGCACCUCAUAAAUGACACCACGACCCCGGAAAGUGCCAUGACCAGCAGCCAGGCCCGUCCUUCCACACCGUCGCCACAGACGCUUGAGGAUUCUGGUCCAGUCAACACCUCGGUUGCCAUCACCCUGACGCUGGACCCCCUCAAGCCCUUUGGGGGCUUCUCGCGGAAUGUCACGCACUUGAGCUCCACCAUUUUCGGACAUCAAAUUGGACUCUCAGGCAGAGAAGCACAUGAGGAGAUCAACAUCACCUUCACGCUGCCGGCUGCCUGGAAUUCGGAUGACUGCGUCUUGCACGGCCACUGUGACCAGGCUGUCUUCACAACCUGCAUGACCGUCACGGCUGCCGCUGGGGUCUUCCCUGUCACAGUCCAGCCGCCGCACUGUGUGCCAGAGACAUACAUCAAUGCGACCUUCUGGUACAAGAUCUUCACCACUGCGAGGGAUUCAAACACCAAAUAUGCCCAAGACUACAACCCUUUCUGGUGUUACAAAGGAGCUGUUGGGAAAGUCUACCACGCGUUGAAUCCCAAACUGACGGUUAUUGUCCCGGAUGACGACCGCUCCCUCAUCAACCUGCAUUUAAUGCACACUAGCUACUUCCUCUUCGUGAUGGUCAUCACUAUGUUCUGCUAUGCAGUCAUCAAAGGCAGGCCCAGCAAACUGCGGCAAAGCAACUCAGAGUUCUGUCCUGAAAAGGUUGCUUUCUCAGAAGCGUGACCCCCUGCCUCCUUUCUCCAAAAGUGACAGUGUCUGCUGCAACCAUCGCCUGCCGAACCCAGAACUAGACCCUGGUUCGUUAUGAAUUAAUUAUCUUGUGACGUUGGGUUAUUCCAACCAAAGACGUUUUAAGUGCCUGUAACGGUUAUUUAUAGGAGGCGGAGUCUACUUGGAAUAAGUUAAGCCGAUACAGCCCUGGGCUGUGGGGAGCCUCUUUGCCUGUUUGUGGCAGGCUGUUUUGUGAAGGAGCCAGAGACAUUUCUGUGUGUGUCUGUCUUGCUGCAGUGGGACAGUCCGGAUGCCUUUUGCAAGUGUCUCAGAAAAAGCACCUUAUUUCCCCCCAUGGUCUGUCCAGUGUGUUUGAGGCAGGGCACACCUCUCUGCUACUGUACUGCAGCUCUAAAGCCACUGAGUCAAUGUGUUUGUUCCUCUUUCUUCCCAAUUCCUCCCUGCUUGCAGAAAGAUACCAACAUUUCUAGAUUUCUUUAAAAACAAGACAAAAAACCCCCACCUGGCAUAUUCAUAUUUUAAUACUGGCUGUAGUUAGGAAAGAUGGCGUACUUGUAAUUUUAGUUUAAGGAAAGCAAGAGAAGCAUCUUCCACUUUGCACUCUGGGUUUGUUUGUUUAAGUGUUGCUGAUUUCUUUAAGCCAACACAGGCAGAAUCUCCAUUGGUGCCAUCCUGGACCUCAAAUCAGGCUGCUGCAGAUUAAGUGACAUGCUACAGAAUUCCUGGGAUUGCACCAUUCCAGACAGUAUGGUCAGGGUGUAUGAGAGAAAAAUUAGUUUGCUGCACCUGUGUCACCACCUUCCAGUCUGUAGGAAACUAGAAUAUUGAGGACAAGAUUCAAGGCAGGCUGCCUCUCUGACAUGCUUGCUUUUUUAGGUGCAGGUAUUUUUUAUCUUCUUAAUGUGGGAAGGUAUUUGAGCACCUUGUCUGGAAUGAUGCAGUUUUAUUAUCUUCAUGUGUAGGUCAGCUCUUGCUCUUCAGACUGGGAGCUUCUGCUGGGCUUUGGUGGUGGUGGUGGUGGGGAGUCCCUGAUGGUGAAAGGAAGUGGCAGCCAGCAUUGGGGCAAGCUGCCCCCUGGGACCAGGCCUGGUGUUUGCCGUGCCUUUUGCCUGCGGAGAGAGAUGCUGAGGGCCAGUUUGUGCUGCGAAGGGAUGCUGUCCAGGCGGGUACAACUCCAGACUCGCUCGUUGGAGUGGCUUCCUAGUUUGCACUUCCAGUUUCACUCUUUAAGAAUGUAGAGAGUUCCAGGACAUCGCGCCCUCCCCCUGCUCUGAAGACAUUGCUGGUUGCCUUAACGGCCCCCCCUUCAGCUUCCCUCUCUGGUGGCAGCCACGGCAUCUUUCCAUAUCAAAGCAACCCUGUUUCUUCCCCCACGAUAGUUUUGAGAAUGGCUUUUUAGCGUUUGCACAGAAGGAUGCGAUGUGUGGCUUUGCUUUCCUUGGGAAGAGUUCCUUCAUCUGUUCAUUUGCUUGCUUGGUGUCUUGUCACGUCUCCAAGAUAUGGGGAUGAUCUCCAGAGACCUUCGGGGUCUAGGAUUGGGCAAGGAGUCUGGUAGUGGAUUAAAAAAAAUAAAAAUGCAUCCUCUUGAAAUUAAAAUCCCAACCAAACAGAAGUUUUAAAUGGAAAAUAGAUGGGGGGCUUCAGAAGAAGAAUGUUGUUUCUCUUAACUUUUGCUUUUAUGGUCCGUUCUAGACCAUUGUAGUUAGUGGUUCAGAGCUGAUCUGCAAGGAGGAGGAGGAGGAGGAAGGGCUGGUGGUGGGCACGUAGAAGUCAGACACUUCCAGGCAGGAGGGUAUACAAGUGGAAUGUGACAGUGGCUGUUCGGAUCAUAUUGAUCUUGCCUCUUUUCUUUUUCAUUUUCACUAUUACUUGAAUCAGUUUUGAUUCUGUUUGUUUCCUCGUUAGAAACCUGCCAUUCCAAUUUGCUUCUCUGGCAUGAUAUGAAGGUUUGUAAUUUCCCUAUUCUCCCCCCACCCACCUACAGCUUCCUCUGCAGGAAAUGUUGUAGAGUUAAGGUGGCAUUUGACUUACCUUUGGGCUUGGUGGUCAGUAACUGAUUUGUUAAUGACAUUUCUCUCCUAGGUUAAUUUUUUGUGUUUGUAAGAUGUGGAUAUUGCUUUGCAAAAUAAAAGUUUAUUACUAUCA